CGCUACAACAGUGUUUGAUGGAUGUCUAUGUUUUAAGUGCGGACAGUUGGCAGACAUUUACUUUUUCUGUUAAAACAUCUGUGCAAACGUAAACUUAUGUUCGAGUACCUAGACAGACCAGCCUGAUUUAACCUAUAUUGUUCCAAAUUUAGUGGAUUUAUUAUUUCAGUUCUUUUUCUUUUGAAUACUUGGGAUAGUUAUUGGAUGUGAUUUUUAAGUUCAAGCAGAAAAUGUCGAGGUCUAGAAUUGGUGGCAGUAAGUUGUGGGUGCAUGGUCGUUUUGCUUUCUUUUUGACAGUGUACAGCACAUCGAAUGUCAAAUUUAAACCUAAAAGGACUGGGAAAAUAUUUGCUAUGUUGUACAGUUGUUGUGAAUAAUGAUAGAACCUCACAAAUGCUUUGGCACACAGAAGGCGGACGGUUUCGUUUUCGGAAACCGUUCAGGAAAAGAUCGACGAGGUUGUUGAUAUUUUAGAAGCUGAGAAUGCGAUAAAACAAGUUGAUGAUGAGCUCCGGCAAUCCUUCCAGUCACAACGGAACCGGAAGCACAGUAUCUACUCCUUUACAAGUGACUUACCAGAGGGCGCUCAGAAAGUUAUGAAUUUUUCCAAUCGAGGCGAUGGCAGAAAACCAAAGGUUUCAUUUUCGACCGUUCAUGACAACGUCGCUGGGGUUGUUGAGAGUAUAGAUGCUGAGAGUGCAAUCGAUGAGAACGAUCAAUUGGAAGAUGAGAUCCCGAAACCUUUACCAAGGCGAACCCGAAGGCACAGUAUCUACUCCUUCACAAGUGACCUGCCAGACGGUGCACAGAAAGUUUUAGAUUUUUUCGAGAGGUUGGGCCGAGGGCUGUGGAACCACUCUGACAGUCUGUGGGCACAGUUCUUAUCAUGGACGAUGCUUGUGUUGCUACUGUGGGCAAUGCUCUACACCAUUGUCGAGGAGAAUGUGGGCAUUGACGGAGAUCUAUUUAGGUUAUUGGUGCUGUUGAUAACUGCUCACCUGGUCGGUCAGCUGACAUUGCUAGUCGGACUGCCCCCUCUCCUUGGCAUGACCAUCACUGGAGUCUUCCUCCGCAACAUCGGCUUCUAUCACCCAGCCAAGGGCCAGUACAAGGACUUUACACGUACCCUCAAGCAGUUGGCCACAACGGUUGGUAUGGUGCGUGCCGGAGGGAGACUGGUGCCUGAUGCCAUCUAUGUCGCCCUCCACUGCCACCAGAGUCUGAGGAUAUGCGGUCUCGGGAUGGUACCUUCCUUUCUGGAGGCCAUGGUUACUGCAGUCAUCUCAUACCUGGCACUGGCCUAUCCUCCCAUCUGGGCUCUCUGUCUGGGGUUCCUUCUGUGCCCCAACUCUCCUGCUGUGAUCACGCCCCCGAUGGAGGAACUGAUGGCAAUGGGAUAUGGAGAGGGGAAGCAUGUGGGAGUGUUGGUUCGAGGAGCUGCUGGCCUCGAUGUAGCUUUCUCUGUAUCCCUCUUCGACAUCUGCCUCGCACUUCUUUUCCACUUUAGAGACCUAAAUGCUGCCCAGGCUAUGGGAAAGGGAAGCUAUGAUUUGAUGGUGGAUGUUGUUGGGGGAUGUUUCCUGGGCCUUCUGGCUGGACUUCUUCCAGUGCAAGACAAUACAGCUGCAGUGUGGAAGCGGACAAUCGCAGUGACAGCAGGAGGUAUGAUAGCCAUUGUCUCGGGGCCCAAGGUGGGACUGCCAGGCACAGGACCUCUCUCUAGCAUCUGCACAGGGUUCGUGGCAACCAUGCUGUGGAAGUUGCAGACACCGCUUAGCUCUAAGACGCUGGUGAACACAAUCUUCCAAGGCUCAUGGGUCGUGUUGUGCCCGAUACUGUUUGCCUCUACGGGCUCUGAUGUCGAUAUGUCCAUUUUGGAUUGGACCACCAUAACGUGGAUGCUGGGUAUCGUACUAGUCACCGUAAUUGUUCGCUUAUUGGGAUGUUUCCUUGUCCUGUUUGGGGGAGAGUUCAACUGGAAGGAGAUGUUAUUUGUUGGCCUCAUAUUCCAGGGCAAGGCUACAAAUCAGGCCGCGCUGGCACCCAACCUUCUCUACACCUCCUGGAAGUCGGAAUAUCCUGAGGAUGCACACAGAGCAGCCGAAUCUGUGGCGAUGGGGGUGUUGUCUAUCCUGGUGUGCACCCCUCUGGCCCACCUGGGGGCCCGGCUCGGGGGACCAUAUCUGCUGUCCAAACAAGAGCCACCCCGGCCCCCUCCAACUGAACCGGAGCCUGAAAACACAGAUGCCAAACCAGAUGCAUAACCUCCACCUCAAUUUGUAUAAAAGCUUUGUAAAUAAACGUUAUAUUAUUUAUAGAAA